UUUUAUGAUGGUAAAUGUUUGGUUUUACUAAUAUUUUACUAACAAGUUCAUGUUUACAUCCGAUAAUUUCAGCGCAUCCUCCAACGGUCCCACCUCAAUGACGUCAGUGAUCUCGGUUCUCCGCUUGAGUAACUGAAAGAGUUGGGUGCGAUACAUUUGAAGAAGUGCAAGAACAGCGGCUCAAGGUACAGUAGUUAAUGCUUCAGGGAGCUGAUGAAUCUAGGAUGGAUACUUUUGACGAUGCCACUCUAUCGCUGUUAGAGGCUGCCAGUGUUGAUGAGGAGGCUUUGAAAGGCCUUAGCCGGGAUGACCUGAGGGAUCUUUUUCCUGGCCCAGAGAAUUUCCUCAAAAGAAAGAAACUUUGGAAUUUCAUCAGUGAAAAUUGUGAAAAUACAACGGACCAAGAUGCCAACAGUUGUGCCAUGCCACCAUGCCAGCCUCAAACCUCAACCCCCAUAUCUUCUGAGAAAAAAAUGAAAAUGCCAGACCCUCCAGAGUAUGUGGUGUACACUGAUUCAGAGUUAGACAUGGUGCGUAGUCAAUACUUUGCACUGCUCUGCAACGGAAAGGAAAACAAUUACAAAAUGUCCAAGGAGCUAUGUUGCAGACUUGUAAGGAACACAAUAACCAGUAUGGUUGCUAUCCUGCGUGCUAGUCCCAUGGUGAAAGAAGUCAGAUACCCGUCAAAAUUGGAAAUGAGAGCCAUGUCACAGAAGAUUAUAGACUAUUACCCAAUGUUACGGGAUGAUGAUCCAAACAUGCCAUAUCUGACCAUCUACACCAAAAUGUACAAGCGACUCCAAAAUAUGAGAUCCCCACGGAAGAGGCAAGGCUCUGUACCACAAAGAGGAGUGGCAAAGACGGCUCUCUUCAGUGCAGACAACCAAGACAUAGAGACGGAUUGGACAGACACAAGCAACUCGAGUGAUGAUACCGUACUACUUGAGAGCAAUGAUGACCUUAGCGAGGACAACUCCAGUGCAGCAUCCCCAGCACAACGACCCCCCUCUGUGCCAAGGAAGCCAAAGACCAAAACCUUGCUGCUGCCAUCUGCAUCAUCCUCAGGCUCCUCACUUGGGACUGUGAUCGCUUCACCAACCACGCCUGCAAAGGAUGAUGUUGUCGGCCAGGACAGUCUGAAGAUGCAGGCUAGGCACUACAAAACCUUGAGCAACAUGUACAAUAAGCCAAAUGCAAAACCCAAUCAAAGCGAUGUUGCUCAAGUUUUGGACCUUGAGUUUGAGGCCAGACGGGCUUUCAUUGAUGCAGAUGUUACAAGGGAAGAAGACCGACCUGCAAAAAUCUUUGAGGCAUAUCCAUGCUUUAGAGAUGUUCGAAAUGCAAUGGAUGAGCUGCGGCGCAUAGUAGGUGGCACCAACAGCAGAUACAUCGAGGAAGUGAAAGGAAGAUGGGCAGACUUUUGUGCCAAGGUGCAGUUCUAUGGUGUGUGGAAGAAAGCCCUGAAACCCCCUUUUCCAUUGGAUGUCCGUGGAGUGGAGUUCAUGCUCGCCCUCUUCAAUGCACUCCCAUCCCUUUUCCCCUCACCAACUUCACCACCAAAGAAGCUUGGGAAUAGCUGUGAGGCACUUCUUCAUGUCCUGAAGUCAGGCGAAGACCCUACCCUGUACCUGGAGAAGCGUCCUCUCUCCUCCCCAGUUCUGCUUUCUGAUGGAUCAACCAUCAUCGUGGCUGUGGGUAACGUACCUGUGACCACCCUCCCUCAGGAAGAUUUCUCAGACGGGAUGUUGGUGUUAAUGGCAUAUUACUACACUUUGCACUUAAGAUAUCCGAAAUGUGUUGCUACUCUCCUGUCAGUUAUUCAAACAGAGGUAAUUGGUGACACAAUCCACGAUCAAGAUGCCACUAGUUCUUACAAGAAAGCAAUGGCUGAUUGGAAGUCUUUCAUUGAGAAGUAGCUGAGUAUUUUGUCAUGUCAGUUCUUUUUAUUGUUAGCUGUGCCAACAAUAGUUUUGUGUGUCUUGCGCAAGCUUAUACAGUGUCACUGAGGUAUUACUUCAUUGAGGCCUGUAUUUC